GUCGCAAGAGCUCAUUCCUGCCCGCACCACACCAAUUGCCCGCAGCAAGCCUCACUAAAGCUUUCUAAGCACGCUUGCGCUCUUUGUUCCGCCGAUUCCCGACAACGACAUCAUCGGCGCGUCCUCUGACCCUCACAGCUACCCCUCCUCUUCCAAGCCCGCAACUCCGGACAGCCUCCCAUCAGAUACACGUCCACCAUGUCGUCCGACGUCGUAAAGACCGCCAAGCAGCUCGACACCAUGAGCAUUUCUCCAUACGGGCCCGCGAGGGCAACCGUCAACGAGAAAACGCUCAGCGACGACGAGGUCCGCAAGAUGUCCGACUAUUUCUACGCGACAAUGUACCUCUGCUUGGGAAUGAUCUAUCUGAAGGAGAACCCGCUUCUGCGCGAGCCUCUCUCGACCGACCACAUCAAGCGACGACUGCUCGGUCACUGGGGUUCCGACGCCGGCCAGAGCUUCACCUACAUUCACAUGAACCGCCUGAUCAAGAAGUACGACCUGGAUGCCAUCUUCAUUUCCGGUCCCGGCCACGGUGCUCCCGCCGUCCUCUCGAACUCGUAUCUUGAGGGCGUGUACUCCGAAAUCUAUCCCGACAAGAGCGAAGAUGUGGACGGAAUGAGGCGCUUCUUCAAGCAAUUCUCUUUCCCAGGCGGUAUCGGAUCACAUGCAACGCCCGAGACCCCCGGCAGUAUCCACGAGGGUGGUGAGCUUGGCUACUCAGUAUCGCACGCCUUCGGCACCGUCUUUGAUCAUCCCGACCUGAUCGCUCUCACAAUGGUAGGCGACGGUGAGGCAGAAACCGGCCCGCUCGCUGCCAGCUGGCAUUCAACCAAGUUCCUCAACCCCAUCACCGACGGAGCUGUUCUUCCAGUCCUCCACCUCAAUGGCUACAAGAUCAACAACCCCACUGUGCUCGCCCGAAUCACCCACAGGGAGCUCGAAGCUCUCUUCAUCGGUUACGGAUGGACGCCUUUCUUCGUCGAGGGCAGUGACCUUCCAACUAUGCACCAGGCCAUGGCAAGCACGCUAGAGAAAUGUGUGACGGAGAUCAAAGCCAUCCAGAAGCAGGCUCGAGAAUCUGGCAAGGCUUUCAGGCCUCUCUGGCCCAUGAUUGUCCUGCGUACGCCAAAGGGCUGGACAGGCCCACGGAAGAUCGAUGGCCACUUCUUGGAAGGCUUCUGGCGCUCCCACCAGGUUCCCAUCACCGGUAUCGUUGGCAAUAAGCCGAAGCUGCUGCAGCUCGAGGACUGGAUGAAGAGCUACAAGCCCGAGAAGCUCUUUGACGAGUCUGGCACGCUCAUUCCAGAACUCAAGGAGCUCGCGCCUACCGGCAACAGGAGAAUGAGCGCAAACCCGGUCGCCAAUGGUGGUAUUCUUCGCCGCAAGCUGCAUCUGCCUGAUUGGCGUGACUAUUGCGUGGAUGUGAAGAAGAAUGGCACCCAGAUGUGGGGCAGUAUGAAUCAGUUCGCUACAUACCUCAGGGAUAUCGUCAAGAAGAACCCGACCCAUUUCCGCGUUUUUGGCCCGGAUGAGACUGAGUCGAACAAGAUGGGUGUCAUCUACGAAGCAGGCAAGAAGGUCUGGAUGGGCGAUUACUUCGACGAGGAUGCGGAUGGUGGUAAUCUCGCCUAUGCAGGCAGGGUGAUGGAAAUCCUUUCCGAACACACUUGCGAGGGCUGGCUCGAAGGCUACGUCCUCUCCGGCCGACACGGUAUGCUCAACAGCUACGAGCCGUUCAUCCACGUCAUCGAUUCCAUGGUCAACCAGCACUGUAAGUGGUUGGAGAAGUGCCUCGAGGUUGACUGGAGGGUGAAGGUCGCUUCGCUGAACAUCCUCCUUACUGCGACCGUCUGGCGACAGGACCAUAAUGGCUUCACGCACCAGGAUCCCGGCUUCCUCGACGUGGUUGCCAACAAGAGUCCCGAGGUCGUCCGUAUCUAUCUGCCACCUGAUGCGAACUGCUUCCUAUCAACGAUGGACCACUGCUUCCGCAGUGCCAACUACGUCAACGUCAUCGUGGCCGACAAGCAAGAACAUCUUCAAUUUCUGGACAAGGAAGAAGCCAUCGCACACUGCACAAAGGGUGCUGGCAUCUGGAAAUGGGCGAGCAACGACCAAGGUGAAGAGCCCGACGUCGUCAUGGCCUCUUGCGGUGAUGUCGUGACCCACGAAGCCCUCGCUGCCACGGCCCUCCUCCGCCAGUACUUCCCAGACCUCAAAAUCCGGUUCGUCAACGUGGUCGAUCUCUUUAGGCUCAUUCCCGAGAGCGAGCACCCACAUGGCAUGUCAGAUCGGGAAUUCAAGUCUCUCUUCACCGAGGACAAGCCCUGCAUCUUCAACUUCCACUCGUAUCCAUGGCUCAUUCACCGCUUGACCUACAGGCGGAAGGGUCAACACAACCUGCAUGUGCGCGGAUACAAGGAGAAGGGCAACAUCGAUACGCCUCUAGAGCUGGCCAUCCGCAACAGCACUGAUCGGUUCAGCUUGGCUAUCGAUGCUAUCGACCGCAUUCCCGGGCUUGGUAACAAGGGCACGACAGCGCGCGAGGAGCUAUUGAACCAGCAGAUCAAGGCCGCUAACUAUGCGUUCCACGAGGGUAUGGAUCCGUCGGAGCUGACGAAUUGGGUGUGGCCGUUCUAAAGAAAAAAAGAAUUCCCUUAUUCUAUCAUGGUUGGAUAGAUUGAUUGGGUCUUGGGUGG